GUCCACUUGGCUCUCGACGUUGUGCUCCAACAGAGUUGACGAAGUUAAAUCAUCGGUCCCGGGUAGUUAGCUGCUUAGCUCUCGUCAACGUCAACGGCGGACGCCUAGCUCGAGCUACCAGUCUCGAGGACCUUUUUUUGGCUGUGUUGUCCCUUUACCCCCCGAAUAGUGGACGUCUGUCGAGCUCACACAGAUCUCUGUGAACCGGAUCAGAUGCGUGGGAUGACGGGCACACAGAGCAGUCCAGUCAAGAGCUACGAUUAUCUGCUGAAAUUUCUUUUGGUGGGAGACAGCGACGUUGGAAAACGAGAAAUCUUGGACAGUUUGCAAGACGGAUCCGUAGAGUCUCCCUAUCCCUACAGCAGCGGGAUCGAUUACAAGACCACCACAAUUCUGCUGGACGGGAAAAGAGUGAAACUGGAGUUAUGGGACACAUCGGGGCAGGGCAGAUUCUGCACCAUCUUCCGGUCUUACUCUCGCGGAGCACAGGGCAUCCUGCUUGUGUAUGACAUAACUAACGGCUGGUCGUUUGAUGGCAUCGACCGCUGGAUGCGGGAAAUUGACGAGCACGCCCCGGGCGUACCCAGGAUUCUGGUGGGGAAUCGUCUUCACCUGGCUUUCAAGCGGCUGGUGCCAACGGAGCAGGCGAGGGCGUACGCCGAAAAGAACAGAAUGACUUUCUUCGAGGUCAGUCCGCUGUGCAACUUCAACGUCAUCGAGUCGUUCACAGAACUCUCCCGCAUCGUGUUGAUGAGGCACGGGAUGGAGAAAUUCUGGAGGCCCAACAGAGUCUUCAGCCUCCAAGAUCUGUGCUGCCGCUCCAUCGUCUCCUGCACUCCAGUGCACCUCAUUGACAAGUUGCCCCUCCCCGUGGCCAUCAAGUCGCACCUCAAGUCCUUCUCCAUGGCCAACGGCAUGAACGCGGUCAUGAUGCACGGACGCUCCUACUCAGUGGCCAACAGCGCGGCGGCGGUGGGCGGCGGCGGCGGCUGCAGCGGCCCCGAAAGCAAAGCCAACAGUCUGAAACGCUCCAAGUCCUUCAGGCCUCCGCAGACUCCUUCGAAGAACUCGUCUUCGUCGUCCAAGGGGAACUGUAAGAUCUCGUAGCGACGGCGAGAGGACCGACGGUUGCCGCCGUAGGGGCCGGCGUCGAACGCGUCGCUGCUCCAAGAGGUCACAAAAGGGCCAGAGAAGGUCACGGCGAGCCACCGGCAGUCUUCGCCAGAUACGGAUUCAUCUGUGAACUCGCGUUGACCUUUUGGGAAACGCUGGAGCGCCUUUUUUUUCUCCGUGGACCGAUCGAGGAUUGUCGCUCAUAUGUUAACACUACAAACGCGGCACAUUGGCCAGCUUUCACUUUGGAAAAGGAUUGUUUAUUGUAUUUAAAGUUGUGAAUAAGCGGCGUGUGCUCGUCGUUGGUGGUUGAUCUAAGAAAGGAGCUUUUGUUUGUAUGCUUGCUUUGUUUUUGGGGAGAUCUGCUUUGGUGUACGACGUAUGUGUGUCUUACGCUCUUGGCUGCCUUGGAAAAUUCCGGUUGCAACGUCAACGGUGCUCAGCUGCUUAUUUAAAACUCGGAUUGGUUACUUUAAAACAAAAAAAAAACUUAAAUUGAAUAUCAUGAGAAUUGCAGGGCUAGUUUUCCAGACGGACUGGAUUUUAGACAAAUUAAAACACCUUUUUAAAACCAUUCUUUGCCUCACACUACUUGAUAUGGGAAACUCCAGCACAAUUGAGCUGAGUGCUGGGGGGGGGGGGGCAGCUUCUAGAAACUCACACGAUGUGCAUUACGCCUUCAAAAGUUGCUGCGAGUCGGAUCUCGGUCAAAAACAUUGGUGAGGAAUAUUUUGUAUUUGAUUGCUUUUUGGAAACUUUUUUAUUUGUACCCAACGUAUUUAUGAAUGUAAAACUAGAUUAAUCUGCUAUUUUGCCGUGGCCAUAAUGUGGAACUGUAAGAAUCGGAGGUGGAAGGUUGCAGAGUACAUGUGAUAUUUUUAAUAUGCGUCUUAUUUUCUAACCCUGUGUUCCAUUUGUGUGCUUUGGGGUCGAAUGGUCGAGAACAAUGUAACGUCAGAUGAACUUGAAGACUUCUGAAAGGGUGUCGGAAGUAUUGGAUUUUAAAAUAAUAUUGUCUCCUUUUAAUAAUUUACCUAAAUAUUUUAAAUGUAAUAUAAAUCCUCCAUUUUCUUUCCACCUCUGAUUAACGUGCUGUAUUUCCACCUCAACAUUCCCAGUUACAUGUCUAUAUGCGUGUCAUAUAGGGUCACCGAGGGCACGUUUUCCACCAGUUUGAUGUGUACUGACACCAGUACUGAGAAAGAACAUUUUUAAAGCACUAUAUAUGUAAACGUUUGAUAAUUAUUGUUGAGCUGUGUUUCUAACUGUUUGGAUACAUGUUCAAUUUAUAAUUGUCACUGACACCCAACCAAAUAAAGGGUAAAGCUACAA